AAAAAGGGAGAACAGAGUACACUGUGCGUCAUCCGAAUUCUUCGUUUUAAUGCCCAAGGCCAAAAUCACUGAGUACUCAAAAAAGUUCUUCGUUGAUGCUGAGCUGUCAGGAGGAGCCAGAAAGUGCAUGGAGUGUGGGUUUUGUUACUGCGACAACUGCAGAACAGAAUGGCACUAUAACAUGACAUGUGAUGAAUUCCGUGAAACAGAGACUUAUCAGACAUCUCCUGCGGCACGUUUAGAAGCUAAGGCUAAGAGAUUAGGAUGGAGGAUAUGCAGGAAUUGCAAGUCGAUGCUUGUAAUUGAUCUACAUUGCAACCGGAUUACCUGCUCAUGCGGAUACCAGUUCUGCUACGUCAGUGAAGCUGAGUGGAACAAGGAAACCGGAUGUUGUUCCUAGGGAACAUGUGUUUGUGUUGAGGGGGUUUAAUUUGUGAUCUUAUAGAAGAAAUGUGACAGGAAAAAGAGUUCGGUUUAAUUAAUAUCCUUGUAUUUUGGUUUGUUUAUUGGGUUUUAGCAAACGCAUAACCUUUUUUAAUUUAUCCAUUUGCGAGGGUAAAAAAAAAACAACAAGCCAAAUCGUUUGAUACUUUGAUAUACGAAAAAAAUCCAGAAGAUUAUAUUGGGCUUAGUCAGGGCGGAAUUAAAUACAAGGGCCGAUCGUUUGAUAUACGAACGAUGCCCUAACAAAGAAUCGUUUGAUGCUAAAUCCCCAAAUUAUUAAUUCAUAUUUUUACAGCAAAUUCACCACAUCAAACUGUUACCAAUCAGUCGGAGCCUUAAAACCUAGCAAGCCGCUCUUGUCAACUUCUCCAUGGACGAAUCCGUCAACAAGGGGAUGAAAUCGCUGUCACUGAAGGAUAGUAGUGAUGCAGCCAUUCCAAAAAGCCGUGAGAUAGGGAGAAUAUUCGUUUCGGGAUAUGACACGGCUCUUACUCGUGAUGUUGUCGAGAGCGCUCUGAGAAAACAUUUUGCUUCAUGUGGAGAGAUCACUGAUGUUUAUAUUCCAUCGAAUUUUAAAAAGGAUGCGAGAAUCUGGCAAAAUGCUCUUAUAUAUUUUGUGGGAGAGGGAGCAGUGGAUAAGGCUUUGCAACUUAAAGGAAGUGACGUGGAUGGAUGGACUGUCUCUGUUACUGCUUAUCCCUUUCCCAAAAAUGCAAACAGUUUCGGUAAUGUAAGAGUUGAAGGAUAUGACCCUUCCCUUAGUCAUGAUGAAAUCCUGAGCGCUAUGACUAAACUUUUCUCUUCUUACGGAAAGAUUAGUCCAGUCAUAUUUUCAGAUCGCUCAGUUAUAUUGCGUAUUCAGGGAAAAGACGCUGCAGAGAAGGUGCCUGAACUUAAUGGCAUCCUCAUCGAGGGACGCAAAUUAGAUGUUCGUCUUCUUUCUGGACUGAACAAAUCCACCCGCCACCAGCGCCGCUUACGUGGUGGUCUCAUUUGUGGCCGCAGAUACUUUCAAGGUAAGAAGAAGUUUAAGACAUCUGAUGAGUUGAAAGACUCUCUCUCUUAGGAGAAAGAGUAAAAGACAAAGCUCUCUAUCGUGUGGAUACGAUGCAACCUCUCUCUCUUUUACUUGUUAUGCUUCCCUUGUGGAUGUUAAAAUAAUAUCGAUAUUUUGUGCUGUUUAUCAAGUAUGAUAUUUUAUGUGUGGACUCAUCAUUAUCCGCCUUCGUUGUUUAUUUGUUUUCCCACUAUGAGUAUGAGCCCGUAUAAGAUUCGAA